CCCCUCUAUGCGUAUGUUUUAAAUAAACAACACCUUCUGGGCACAUACUUGUGCUCCGAGUCUCCGACAGUCCCCAGAGUCUAAAAAUUUCUCCUUCCACUUCCUCCCGCCGCCGCCGUUGCUAUGGGCAAAGGCGCCGCCCUCUCCGAAGGCGUAGUGAAGAAGAUAGUCCUCUCGUAUACCUACGUCUCCGUAUGGAUCUUCCUGUCCUUCACCGUCAUUGUCUACAACAAAUACAUCCUCGACCGGAAACUCUACAACUGGCCGUUUCCGAUCUCCCUCACGAUGAUCCACAUGGCCUUCUGCUCCUCCCUCGCCUUUUUCCUCGUCCGCGUCGUCAAAGUCGUCGAGCUCCCCGGCGCCCUCUCCCGUCACGUGUACCUCACGUGCAUCCUCCCCAUCGGCGCCCUCUACUCCCUCUCCCUCUGGUUUUCCAACUCCGCCUACAUCUAUCUCUCCGUCUCCUUCAUCCAGAUGCUCAAGGCUCUCAUGCCGGUUGCAGUGUAUACUAUCGGAAUCCUGUUUAAGAAGGAUCCGUACAAGCCUUCCACCAUGAUGAACAUGGUUUCGAUCUCGAUCGGGGUUGCAAUUGCGGCGUACGGAGAGGCUAAGUACGACUCAUGGGGUGUAUUUCUGCAAUUAAUGGCGGUGGCUUUCGAGGCCACCAGACUUGUUAUGAUUCAGAUCUUGCUCACCUCAAAGGGGAUUAGCCUAAACCCUAUUACAUCCUUAUACUAUGUCGCUCCCAGCUGCUUUGUUUUCCUCUGUAUCCCUUGGAUUUUUGUCGAAUUGCCCGUUUUGAAGCAAAAUUCGAACUUCGGAUUCGAUUUGAUGAUUUUCGGGAGCAAUUCGCUAUGUGCAUUUGCUCUGAACUUGGCUGUGUUCUUGCUUGUGGGCAAAACAUCAGCUCUGACCAUGAAUGUGGCUGGUGUGGUAAAAGAUUGGCUCCUAAUUGCAUUUUCUUGGUCUGUGAUAAAGGACUACAGAGAUUUCCAAAAGUUAGAGGUUCGAAUUCUAUGCAUUAGGUGCUCUGGACUACCUUCUAGAGUAUGGGUAUGGAUUAUGGCAUAUGGUUCAAAUUUAUGUAUUUGCGUUAAGUAGAGUUAGCUAUGCCUAUGUAUGGCAUAGCUAAAUUUCUCCCUGCAUUCUAUCUCCUAAGACAUAGUUAUGUUUUGUACCUCAUAUAUCAGGAUAAACAAAUGGAUAAUGUCUCCAUAACGAGAAGUAAUAGAUGCA